AUGAUGGUUAAAAAUAAAAAUAUUGAAAUAGAAGGAAAUAAAGCUAUUUAACAUUAAAGUCAAUAAUAAAUUGAUUAAGUUCAAUCUAUUUUUAUAGAAAAUAAAAGACUAUUUGAUGAAUUAAAUAAUGUAUUAAAAUUUAAUGAAGAAUUAAAAUUAUAAUCAAUUUAAUUAUAGAAAUAAAUUGAUGAAUUGAAAUCAAUAAUUAAUAAUGAAGGUAACUAUGAAAAUCAAUUAAAAGAUGAUUUAGAUUAAUUAGAAAAAGUAUUAAAAUAAAAAGCUAAUGAAAUUGCUGAAAUUAAAUAGUUAUUAAGAUAAAGUGAACAUUAAGUUAAAGAUAUUAAAAGAGAUGAUUAAUAAUGGAUAGAUUAAUAAGCAGAAAAAGAAAAAUUAACACAUCAAUUAAAUUUUGUAAAUGAAUUAUUAAAUUCAAAAAAUGCUGAAAAUGAAUAAUUAUCUAAGUAAAAUCAUUUAUUAUAAUCUAAAUUAUUGGAUAAUUAAAAAUUAGAUUUUGAACAUUUAGAAUUAGCUUUAAAUACUAGAGAUAAAGUAAUAGAAGAAUGGAAAGGAAAAUUCUAGAGAUUACCUUAAGAUUUAUAAAAAGUUAUUGAAGAUAAAGUAGAACUUGAAAAUAGAUUUAGUUCUGUAGUUUUAGAAAUUGAAAGAUGGAAAAGAAAGGCCAAUUCAAGUUAAGCUGAAAUUGAAAUUCUAAGAGUUAAUAUUGAAUAAUUGAAUGAUGAAAUUGAGAGAUUGAAUAACAACACAUCAGAUCUUUUAAGUGUAAAUAUUAUUUAUUAUACUUAAGGAAAAUGAUUCAUGGAGACAUAAGUAUGCCAAUUUAUAAUAAUUGAUACCUUAAAUGGUACAUCAUUAACCAAAUCCUGAAACUUAAGCUUAUUAAGUUACACCAGGAAAUAGUUUUAGAAUUCCACCAGGAACUGAUAGAAAUUAGGGUAGCUUUAGAAAUUAACCACCUCCUCUUGACUCUAGAAGAUCAUUUAGAAGAGCCACAACUACUGGUCUAACAAAACCAUGA